UUUUAGCCUUUACGGUUUUGUUCUUCUGAUUAUAGUCUCACGUUUUGUGUUUUCUUCUUCUUUUCUCUGAACCAAAAAUGGCUGCCCAGACCGACAAAGAAAUCGAAGAGAUCCUCGCCGCUCAUCUCGAACAACAAAAAGUCGAUUCGGAACAAACUGUAGUUGAAGUUGACGUUGAUGAAGACGACGAUGAAGAUGAGGACGAUGACAAGGAUGAAGAUGAUGCCGAAGGACACCAUGAUGGAGAAGGAGCAGGUAGGUCAAAACAAAGCAGAAGCGAAAAGAAAAGUCGCAAAGCAAUGUUGAAACUUGGGAUGAAACCAAUUCUGGGUGUUAGCCGAGUCACCAUCAAGAAGAGCAAGAAUAUAUUAUUUAUCAUUUCAAAACCGGAUGUCUUCAAGAGCCCCACAUCAGAUACCUAUGUUAUUUUUGGAGAAGCUAAGAUCGAGGACUUGAGCUCGCAAUUGCAGACUCAGGCUGCUGAGCAAUUUAAGGCUCCUGAUCUCAGUCACGUAAUCUCCAAACCUGAACCCGAGCCAUCAACAUCGGCUCAGGACGAUGAAGAAGUAGAUGAGACUGGAGUCGAACCAAAGGACAUUGAGUUGGUAAUGACACAAGCAGGAGUCUCGAGGUCAAAAGCUGUCAAGGCACUCAAAGCUGCAGAUGGGGAUAUUGUUGCUGCUAUAAUGGAGCUAACAACCUAAGGAUGAUGUUCACUAGUGAUAUAUAUGGGAUGGGAUGAGGUUGUGUGCUUCAGGUUGGAUAUAUUUUUCUAAUAUUACCUUAUUAUUUUUCAAAUUUCUUUUAGAAUGAUUCUCAUUUUUUCCUUCUUGUUUCUAUUUUAGUUGGUAUAGAGAGCAUUUGAUACCAUAUCGAGUUUUGGUUGGUUUGAAACAUUUUUCACCUCAAUUUUUUUGCAACUUGAACACUUUUAGUUUGCAAUUUUAAUAGAUUCGUUUCUCAUUUAA